UUACCCUGAGUUCAAUGAGCAUGCCGUUUGGACCGUGUUUGCUGGUGAUGGUUGCUCCAUCGAGGGUUAUGCAACUUAAUUUUAUCAAUAAAGAUGCUGCUUUUGUGGAUUUGUAUUCUUAGCCCAGUCAUUUGCACAGAUUAAACAAUGAACCUGGGUUUCUUCCUACCGAGGUGGUCAUGAUAGCUAGGAAGCGCCUUGUCUCCUCGGAAACGGGAAAAAAAACAAACGUGAGGAGAUGUUGCAGGAUUAAAAAAAAAUGGAUGAUGAUCACUGCAGGACAAAGGAACGACCCAAAUCCUCCGAUAUCACUGAAUCAUCCACUGAAAGCAUAGGAAGCACCAGCGGAGCAUCUCCUGUCUGUGAUGGUGUGCUGAGUCCCCCACAAAGAGGCUUUACCAGGAAGGAAUCAGUUUUAAUGCGUCCAGAGGAAAAGCUCAAAUACUUUGACAGCCAAGCUCAAGCCCAGGCAGACAACCAACAGUUUGAUGCCUGCAUUCAGAGCCUGGUGCGCUGUGUUGCCCUGACCAAGUUGGUGUAUGGAGAGGGGCAUCUGAAACUCGCCCAGGCCCAUGCCAGGCUGGCUAAAGCAUACCUCCAGUUUAAAGGUUGGGCAUCACAGGCCCUGCAGCACUCGACACUGGCCAGAGAGCUGCUGCCCUUCUGCUCGCCUGUCUCCUCCAGCAGAGAUGAAAGGAUCCAGGUCCUCACGUGUCUCCUGAGCAUACACCUCACACAGGGAGGUGUUGCGCUGCUUACAGACAAUCUUGAGGAAGCGCAGUCCUCUUAUGUGACGGCAGAAGAGAUUCAUGAGGAGCUUCAUCAACAGGGCGGCAUCAACCAGGAAGAGAGAAUAAGGACUGAGCUGGACAUAUCAACUUGUCUCUCCAGGGUGUAUCAGAGGCAGGGCAGGUCAGAGGAGGCGUUAGGCCAGUGUGAGAAGUCUCUGCAUCUACUGGAGGGUAAGCCAGAGGAGACUUGCUCUGUGUAUAAAGACAUGGCAGCAAUUGAGCAGAACCAAGGCCAUUUGGAUAAAGCCAUAGAGCAUCUCUCCAAGGCUCAUGCCAUAGCUGUGAGUCAGAGCCUAGGGGGCCUGGAUGAGGCUCAUAUCUCCCACAGCCUGGCUGUAGUCCUCUCUGCUGCAGCGGAGACCCACCACAAUGACUCUGCAGGUCCUUAUUUUGAGCAAAGUCUGACUGCGUACAAGAACUCUGUAGGUCCGCAAGAUCCAGCCUUUCUCACAGUCCAGGAUGAUUUCUGUCGCUUCCUCCUCCUCAACGGACAGCAAGAGAGAUGUGUGGAGAUCCAGAGAUCUUCCCUUGCUCUGAAGAGAUUGACAUUCGGUGACUUGAGUGCUGAGGUGGCAGACACACUUCAGCUGAUAGGAAGUGUGGAGAUGAGCCAGGGAAGGAUCAAGCAAGCCCACAGGACCAUGAGGAAGUGCCUGGAGGUCCAGGGUUUUGUGUAUGGUCCUCAGCAUAAGAAGACAAAAACUACACAGAAAGCUGUGGACAUGCUGGCCCGGGCACCAGAGGUGGCUGAGAGACGGUUGAAGGGAGGCAGUGCGAAACCAAGACCUACUCUCUGUGCAGCUGUACCGUCCUACGGAAAAGAGAGCAACUCCCACACCUCUGACUCUUAACAGUCUCUUUUCCUUUGUGGCUUCAAGAAGGCAGAUCAUUUGGAAUUAGACUAAAGGCUGCUGAUAGUUGUCUUGAUUUAUCUUUGACUAUCCUUUAAUAAAUUUAUCUGUCUGUAUGUUGGCAGGAUUACUUAGGCAGGUGCUGCUGCUAGUACUUCAUUUUAA